AAUAACCAAAAAUGACAAUCAAUAUAUUAAAGCUGGCUUAAUUUGUUGUCUUUUUGUUUUGGUCUUUUUUUACAAUUUAAAUGUGCAAUUUUUAGUGAGAAAACAGUUUUGAUUUACACGAGUUUUCUAUUUGAAGUAAAUUGAGGUAUCCAACUUAAUUGUGAACCAAGCAUCUUUUUACACGAAAUAAAGUAUGCCCAUUACAUCAGUGACUAGUAUUAUCAUCUAUGCUAAAACAUCGAUAUCAUCCUCCUUGUGGUAAACAUCGAUGGGACCUUUUCCUUUUUAUUAAUACACCAACACAAUUAAGAUCCAAAUCGAAUCUAGCUCCAAUUCCGGAAACAAAGUGUCUCUUUUGUUUACAGCAAUUAACUGGAGAAAGUGAACACAAAUGCAAUCCUGACGACCCCUAUGAAAUAUGCUCGUUGCGAAAAAAUAACACAGUUUCAACUGGAGUCGGUGAUUAUGUUAUUGGUAAGGAUAUUACUGAAGCUGAAAGGAUAGCUCGAAGAGAAAAAUGUCGCAAACAGUGGCAGAUAUCACCAGAAGCAUUGAAAUCAAUUGCUAAUUCUUAUCCAAAAGUUGCCAAUCCGAGCGCUUCAUCGGUGGCUUCCAGAGAAGGACGAGGAGGAGCAAGUCACCGUAAUCAAGCUGUUAAUAGUAGGAAUAGUGUUAAUAAAAACAACAACAGUUUACAUAAUAGUCGAAAAUUACCACCAAUUGAACGAACAGUUGAAAAUCAAAACACUGAAAUAAGUCACAUAGUAAGAUCUGAAUCUCAGGGAAGGUCAGUCUCAAACAAGUUGGAUCAAACCAAAGAGGUGUCGAAAAUUAAUUACACCAGAGAAGGAGCUGAAUCAUCUUGUAGCCAAAUAAUGGAAAGUCACCGAGAAUCUGGUGGUUCGCAUAUUGAUGUUUCAGUCAGAGAAGAUCAAAGUAUUAGCUGUGAACCAGAGUGGAUUGUGCCUCGACCAACAAAAGUGAAACCAACAGAUAAUCUGAAAUUGGAAGGACAAAUGGAUCUGGAAACAACCUUCAGAUCCACAAUAGAUUCUUCAGCAGCUCAAAGAUUGGUUUUCUCAAGACAAGAAGGUGUGCACGAUCGUAGUGUUUCUCCAUGGGGUGAAGCAGAUUGGGAUCCAACUGUACCUUACAAGCGGCGCCACAGGCCAAAAACAUCACUCAAACCCGGUGGAGAAGGUUAUUAUUCAACAAACAACAAAGAGAGUUACAAAAAUUUCAUAGUUGUGGACCAGAGUCGUGAGCAAAUGGUUCAAGAGAGACUGGAUGCGUUGGCAAGGUCAAUGGACAAAAAAGCAUCUAUCAGCAAAAGAGUGAUCGAGCCACUUCAACCUAAAAACAAAGCUUCCAAUAGCUCUUACACGCAUGAAACGAAUGGGCGAGAUUCGACAAGUCAAACAAAAUCACGUUCAAAGAGAGCAGCUGAACACUCUACUACAAAGUUACUUACUUCUGAAACCAAUAAAAUUAAAACAAAUAAUUCAAAAGUGAAAGCUUCACAUGAGCACCAUGAAAGCAAUUCAAAUCGCUUAGAGACUAAGGAAACAACAAUAACAAAAUCAAAAAGCAUUCAUAACAUCGAUGUUAGUGAUAAGGUGGAAGAAAAUAGGCGAAAUGGCUCAAUCAACGGAACUGAUUCUAUGACCAAGUCAUCAGAAACAGAGAAGAACAAUCAUCAACCAUCGAAAAAAGGAAAUCAAGGGGACAAUAGUGGUCGAUCAAACUUACCAGACAAAAGUGUCACUGAAAAGCAUAGCUCAGAGGGCAAAAAUGAUAAAGUAGUGAAUGGUAUUAGAAAUGACGAAACCAAAGAGAAGACUGACAAGAACGCGAAAGAAAAGAGAGAAACUAUUUCCAAUCAGAGUGAUGGACGGGGAUCACACAAUAAAUCGCCUAUCCCAGCAAAAUCAGGAGGAACCGUACCAUUUGCCGUUCCCAUAGUAAGACCUAGUCCGAUACGGCCUACUUCAUCACUUACAUUGAAUGGUAAAUUUAAAGCAGAUAGCCAAGGAGUAGCAAACAGUGAAACUGUUCAUGUUAAUGGCUCAAGUGAGGUUACCGAUUCUAAUCGCAAUAAUGCAAAUGCAACAUUAACCAAUGGUAAUCAAAGUACUUCACGAAAAGAUCAUUAUACCGUUUAUGAGGAAUCUUUAAAAGUCGAACGAGAUAGACUCAAAGCAUCAAAAAGUAUUCCAUCAUUGGAUAAAAUUGACCAAUCUAAAGAGGCUAACGCAGAUAACGAAGAUAAAAAUAAAUAUAGACGCGGACGAAGCUUACCUAGAAAUAAACCAGCUAAAAAUCGUAAUGAAAGCCAUCUACGGUUUUCGGGUGACAUGGAGUUUGAAACGACAACUCAACACUUUUUUCAAGAUGGCUCUCAAAUCACUGAAUAUAUAAGAGAAUCGCGAUCAACUGAUCAACGUAAACCUCAUCGUGAUCUAUUUAGAACCUCAUCUGAAGCUGAGCUUGUAACAUUUAAAGCAACCACAUCAACAUCUGCUAAUAUGAGUACUAAGAACAACAAAACGACUGCAAAAACAACAUACAAUUCAGUUUUUCGUAAUAAACUUUACUGUCCAGCUGUUGAUUUAUCACCCAAAAAUCCUGAAUAUCAAUACAAGGGUGAAGCUGGUGGUCAUCAUUUCUUCCUUCCAGUAACACAAUAUUAACCGUUAUUACAAAUACUGCUAACCAUUAUCUUUAUCUUGUAAUUUUUACUCUAUCCGACUCAUGUUCCUGAAAUGUGUCUCCAGUUUUGGUAAUCAAACUGCAUAAAGAUAGAGAAACAAAAUCUUUCAAAUACUGAACAGAUUACUUCGUUGUAAAAUCCACUUCUAAAAUAUUCAUCGUAAGAUUUACAAGUACAUCUAUAUUGACAACAACUAAAUUAAUAUUAUUUCAAUAGUUUACUGUUGCAAUAGUAUAGUGAAAAACGGACAAUCAAUAGAUUUGAUGUUGCGUUUUGUAAUGAAAAUUAAAUUUAAAUUGAAGGUAAAA